CUGUUAUGUUCGAAAUAAAGCAUGAUCCUUCAAUUAUUUUUUCCAUAAUUUCAAACAGACGUUGUGCCGUGGAAAUUUCGCGUCGAUCUUCCUCAAAUUGAAUUGUUCGCUGCACCUGCAGUUGAUAGAUGCCCCUUUUUAAGUCAAGAAAAGUGAGCAAAGACGAGUCAAAGAAACGAGUGGAAAGAUGCAUGGUCGUGGCAAAAGAUUCUCCAGAUCCAGCUUUUGAUUUGUCAAAAUGUGGGGCAACUGAGGUCCCCAAGGGAGUGUACUCAUUAUGUAGGGUACUUCAAAAAGAGGCACUUUUAUUGUUUGACAAUGAUUUAUCAAAUCUAAAAGGUGGAGGAGACCUAAAGGAUCUGUCAAAUCUAAGGGUGUUGGAUCUUCAUGAUAACCAUAUAACAGCCCUUCCUGCAGCUAUUGAUGAGCUGAAAUCACUACAGGUGCUAAAUGUUCAAGGGAACAAACUUAAAGCUGUUCCUCCCAGCAUUGGAAACUUAGCAUCUCUUCAAAGCUUAAUCCUUCAAGCAAAUGACCUUCGUGGCCUCCCACCUGAAGUAGGAAAUCUCAAAAGCUUGAGGACACUGAAUAUUUCUGAAAACAGCAAUUUGCCUGGAGUUCCCCCAACUUUGGCUCGUGUGAGAACUUUGGAGAACAUUAUUCUUGAUGUAAACAUAGUAUCAUUUCCACCCAGAGAUGUGGCAGCUGAGGGAACAGCCUCCAUUAUGAAAUAUCUUUGCAAAGUGGCUGAAAUUGAGUAUGUCCCUCCAUCCAAGCAUCUACUAAAUGUUCUGGGAAAUGGAACAGCUUCAAAUAAACAAUUGAACCCUACACCAGUGGAUGAUCUUGUGGCAAGCACUUUAUCAAAGCAUGAAGCAGAGAAGGAAAGGAGACGACAGCAAAUGAUCGAAAUAGAGAAACAGCUUCAUGAAACAGAGCUGGAGCAGCAGGCUCUCGCUGCAGCAGCUAGUAAACAACGUACUGACCUUAUGGACAAGAUACGAAUGGCUGAAGCAGAAAUAGAUGACCUCACAUUGAUGCAGCAACAGCAACAAGAGGUUGAGAGAAAAAAGCUUGUAUCAGCAAUGGCAGCAGAUGAACAACUCACCAAUGACACUGUGGCUAUGAUUUUGCAAGUGAAUGAACGAGCUCAGAAGGCGGAAAUGAUUUUGGAUGAGAUGGAAAAAGAAAGAAUGAGAACUGAGCAACUGGUGAAAGUGACUCAGGAAGAGGCCGAGAAACUGAGAAAAGAAGAAAUGUUAGUGUCCAUGGCUCGUCUUUUGGAAAGUCAAGAAAGUCAGAGUCGUCUCAUUAGAGAAUACGAACGGGCAAGAGAUAGGACUGCUAGUCAGGCCAUGAAUGAGGCUUUGGAAGAAGACGUACGGUUGCUUGGCAUUCUGAAUGAACAGUAUGAGGACAGAGAUACUUUGAUCUCUGAGAUUUCCAAAGAGGAACGCGCACAAAUGGAAGCGAUCCAAGUUCUCCAGCUACAAACGGACGCAAAACAUCGUAGAAUUACCGGCCAGAUUUCAAUGCUACAAGACGAGCUCACGAAAUUGACGCUAACAGAACUGGAGAAAAAAGAUGAACGCCAAGAUGCGGAGAGGGCUGCGCUGGAAUCGAGGAGAGAAGCUUUGACAGGUCUGAUGGUUCAGCUUGUUAGCGAACAACAGAAGAGAGAAGAUGAGCUUAUGAAGAGACUUGUUGAGAUGGAACACAAGAGAGAAACGGAUAUUGAGGAUUACUGGCUGAUUCAGUAUCAGAGGCUCCUUGAAAGCAAACCAGAUACUCUGCUUGCGAAGCAGUGCGAUGGUGUGAUUUCCGAUAUCCUCGCAGAAGCUGAAGCUCAGGACUACGCCUCGCACUUUGCCCGUCACCGAAUCACGUGGGAAAUGCUGAAAACCAUGACAGACCAAGAACUGAAGGAGCUGGGUAUACACGAGCUUGGAGUUCGCAAGGCAAUAAUGAACGUUGUCCAGGAACGGCUUCGCUUCGAUUCAAAGGCGAAGGAAAAAGAAAGCAAGAUUGAAAACCCUGAGGUACCAGUCCCUCAACCACCUAGCUCCAACACACCGGUGGCACCUAUAGUUGAACACCGUGACAUGACUACGGAAUGCGUGAUUUGCAUGGACCAAAGGUCGGACGUGGUAUUGCUGAAUUGUGGUCACGUUUGUUGUUGUUUCAACUGCUCCAGCUCGAUAACCAGCUGUCCAAUGUGCCGUAACCCUGUCGUACAACGCAUCAGGAUAUUUGUCUCUUAAAUUUACAGUAGUUGUGUGCUUUGUUUCUGUGCACAAGGUAUAUAUUAUUCCAUAGCAAUACAUUGUCGACGUUAGUCGGGAGAACAAUUGUUGCUUUCGUUAGCUAUCGUUUCGGAAUCGGAAAAGGUCGUUUUUUAUAUUUUUUAAUCAAAAUAUCUCUCGGAUUGUAAGGCGAGAUUGUCUCCUUUUUGUUGAAGUCUUGUUUGUUCCUUAACAACCUCUCAAGUUAUUGAAAACGAAGUUGUUCCCUCCGACUAAUACAAGUUUAUAUCAGGGCCUGAAUGAUUGCGAUCAGUAUUUCUAUUCAGAGCUGAUUUUUUCAUCUUUCGAGGGCAAACCAUCCUGAUUCUCAGUUAUCGUCAUGUAUUUGUUGUCGAGGUUCUCAUAAUACGCGAAACGUAUAUGUAGGAUUAAGUCAUUAUUAUUUAAUAUUUUGUUUGCCUUACUGGCCAAAACGCCCAGAAAAUUGCAAACCACCCACGUUAAAGAAAAAAUUGUCCUGAUACUCAAAAGAGGCGAACAUUGUUGAAUUUAAAACGUCGUAUCUCUCGUAUUUUGCAAUGUAGACUUGAGAUUUGAGAGGAUUAUUCAUCCCUCGGCUUAUAUUAUCAAAUGAGUAAAUGUGACUUAAGGAAUUGUAUCUCUGACCCCCGAGCCACGUUUUAAGUGGAUAUUUUUUUCCUCUUCUUACAAUUAGUGCUAAAGGUUUCACUGUUUCAAAGCCGGCGUCCAGCCGUAGUCUAGAAAAAUCCCCUAGUACUGAUUAAGCGUAGUCAAAGAUAAAAUUUCUUCUUAGAGAUAUUUGAAUUCCUCAACAACUGAAUAUUUAAACAAUUUUUUAAUUUCAUAAAAACUGUAGUUACAUGCCUUUCUCUCUGUUUUUUGAUGUAUUUCGAAGUUUUAUUUGUGAAAUUUUUCUCUUACAUUUUCAAACAAAGCUUUUAAGCUUCAACAUAGCAACAAUAUACAAUUUAACUACCACCGUAGAUUAGGUGAGUUGUUUCUCUGUCACCCAUACAGGCGGAGGUGAGAAACGGUUGUAGUUGCGAUUGAGGACUCGAACUCCUAAAGUUAACAGCAUAAAAAGUAUCGAAAUUGCUGCUUAGGAACUUGAAUAUUAGUAAUGAAAAUCAGCGAAGUUCUCUGAAACAAUGAGAUUGGCCUUUGAACGUAGACCGAAAGUUUUUCAAACUUUCGAAAUAUAUGGCAGUAACAUGUCAUUAUCUUUGUGCAUCGAAUAAAUUCAACAUUUAUAUGUGUAGUGUUAAGAGCCGAACCUCCUUGUGCUUAAAGAGGCCAGUCAUUUCGGCUUCUCACCCCCAUAAAAGGUGACAUCUAUUUAAGGGAUAAUCGAGACGCAGAUGUUAUUAAUCGAGACGCAGUUUAUUUUAAACACGUAAAUAAUUUAGAUUGAAAUGGAAUGGCUGCAUUGAUAGUGCAAAGGAGAAAGAUUAAGCAGUCGGAAAAACGAAUUUUGUUGGCAGAAAUCGGUGGAAUUCAAUUUUUUUCUCAUUCCUUAAACGUGAGCAUCAUGUCUCAAUAUUACGUCAUGUUGCGUAGCGACGUUUCUGGCUCAAAAAAAUUGUGUGCUCAGUGUAGUUCGGAUAUUUUCCCAAGAUAUGGUCAGUGGCAACUACUGAAACGUGCUUAGGAAAUGAAGGAGGUUAACUUAGGUUCGUUUUGCAAAAUAUUAAAUGAAAGUAAAGUAAUGCUAAACGUAACCGUUCCCGUAUAGUAUGUAUCAUACUAAAACAUAUUUCUUAUCAUUUGUAGAAAGCAAAUAAACGCAAAAUGUAACA